AUGGCGAUCUGUACUUAUAACGCACGUACGAUUGCAUCGGAAGUGGCCAUCGAAGAUCUGAUGAUGCAAGCCAAGAAGAUCAAGUACGACGUCAUCGAACUGACCGAAAGGAGACGACGUCACCCUCUCAACGCCGUAUAUGAGACUGGAGAAGAACUGUCCUUAGGAACAUGCGACAGUAGAGGUGUUGGUGGAGUUGGCGUCCUCGUCAACACGAGUAUGGCAAAGAACAUCGACUCUUUUGAACAACUUACGACCCGAAUCGGACGUCUGCGGAUGAGAAGAUGUGGCCCAACACCAGCUUUGACUAUCUUCGUCGUUUACGCUCCAACAUCAAACUACGAAGAAGAAGAAGUCGAAGCUUUCUAUAUAGACCUGAAGAAGUUCUACCGAGAAGAUCAUGCCUUCUACAAGGUCAUAAGAGGCGAUUUCAACGCCAAAGUUGGCCCAAGAAGAACGCCGGAGGAACUUCACAUCGGGACCCACGACCUACAAUGGAAUGACCAAGGGGAGAGGCUCUCCGAGUUCAUCAUGACGACUAAGACCAUCCAUGGGAACUCGCAAUUCCAGAAGCCUUCCUCUCUACGCUGGACGUGGGAGUCACCCGGUGGAGGGCACCGUAAUGAAAUAGACCACAUCAUCGUCAAUAAAAGGAGAGAAGAGAAAGCCGCCAAGUUCAGAGAGAGAAAUCCCAGGACUACCAUCAACUGGGAUCUCUUCGCUACGCUAGCCGGCUUUUGGGAAGAUUCCGCAGUGGACAACAUCGACGAGGAAUAUGACCGGCUUGUUGAACACCUUCACGACUACGCGAAGAAGGCUGAGAGUUUUAAAACCACCAAGAGACGCCUGUCUCUUGAAACGCUUGAGCUGAUACGCCAGCGUGGAGCAGCACGAGCCGCAGGGAACCAAAAACUCACGUCCGAGCUCGCAAGGCUUUGCAGAGAGGCGAUAAAGGAAGACCUUAAAGAGAGAAGGGCAGAAGUGCUGGCUGAAGCUGCAGAGGCGGGGAAAAACAUCCACUAUGCCCGUCAAGACUUCGCCAGUCGCAAGACGAGGAUGACUGCUCUCCGGAACCCAAAGGGAACAGCCAUUGCAUCAAGAAGGGGGAUGGAGAAAAUCAUCUACGACUUCUACUCUGAUCUCUUCGACAGCCAUGUCCACUUUCCUCCUCACCAUCUGAGGGAAGACGGGCAAGUCAUUCUAGAGGUUCUCCCGUCCGAAAUGCGAUAUGCUAUCAUGCCGGUAAGAAAUCGCAGGGUACCCAGUCCCGACAGAAUAAGACCAGAACACCUGAAGAGCCUUCUGCCAUUACUCACCAACACCCUGGCGAGGCUCUUUACACGUUUUCUGUCGGAAUGCAAGGUUCCUAAACAGUGGAAAACCAGCAAGACCGUGUUGUUGUAUAAAAAGGGAGAUCCACAUGACAUCGGCAACCAUCGUCCAAUCUGCUUACUGUUCGUCAUCUACAAGCUCUUUACAAGAGUGGUCCUUAAUAGGAUUGAAAAAGUCCUGGAUGAAGGACAGCCAUGCGAGUAA